GCAGAGGCUGGGGAGACGCUCCACAAACGCCGCUGUAAAUAAAUACAACAAUCACUGAGGCCGGAGAAACAUGGAGAACCAGUGCACAGUGCAGGUGAAGCUGGAGUUGGGCCACAGAGCCCAGCUAAGGAAGAAAGUGACAUCAGAAGGUUUCACCCACGACUGGAUGGUGUUUGUCCGAGGGCCAGAGACUGGCGACAUCCAGCACUUUGUAGAGAAGGUUGUCUUCCGCCUGCAUGAGAGCUUCCCCAAACCCAAGAGAGUAUGCAAGGAGCCUCCGUACAAAGUGGAGGAGUCGGGCUACGCAGGCUUCCUCAUGCCUAUUGAGGUUUACUUCAAGAACAAGGAGGAGCCAAAAAAGGUGUGUUUCAACUACGACCUGUUCCUUAACUUGGAGGGCAACCCCCCGGUCAACCACCUGCGCUGUGAGAAGCUCACCUUCAACAACCCCACCAAAGAAUUCAGGAGAAAGCUGAUCAAAGCUGGAGGGGUAUUGGUGGUUCCAGAGGGAGCUGAAGCUGUGUCCAGACCCAGUCCAGAUUACCCGAUGCUCCCCACCAUCCCCCUCUCUGCCUUUUCAGACCCCAAGAAGACCAAGACCUCUCACGUGUCAAAGGAACCCAGCAAAGAAGGAAGCGGUGGCAGCAGCAAAGGACCCAAACCACACAAGCUGACCAAGGAGCAUCGUGAACGGCCCCGAAAAGACUCUGAGAGCAAAACCACAUCGAAAGGAGACAAUGACAGAGAUGGAAGCAGCAAGAGUGGCCGCGAUCCUUCCUCUUCCUCAUCCUCGUCUUCAAAAAAGCCACCAGAGAUCAAAGUGAAAGAUGAAGUAAAGGUCUUACCCAAGGCUGCAUUCAAGGAGCCUAAACUCACCCUGAAGGAGUCAAAGAUGGAGGGCAUGUCCCCUAAAGGGGGGGGGGCUGGGAGUGGAGGGGGUGGUGGGGGAGGGCCUGCAGAGUCCAAAGCUCCAGGGAAACGGCCCUCCACUGUGGAGUCUCCCAAACCCAGCGCAAAGAAGCAGAAGAAGGGCAGCUCUGAGGGGCCAAAGGGGCCGGUGAGUGGCGCCUUCACAGGAGCUUCUCCUCGCGUCUCCUCCUCUUCUGCAGCUAGCCAGCCCUACGCUGAGAAGAAGCCUCCCAAGGAAAAAGGUCGCUGGGCGAAAAGCAAAAACGACACACAGGAGCUGAAGGAGCCUAAGAAACUUCCAGAGUCGGAAGAGUCGAAUUCAGAGGACGAAGCAUCUUCAAAGUCAGAGCAGUCGGCACCUUCCAGUCCUUCCAACUCCAGUUCCAGUUCUGACUCCAGUUCAGACUCAGACUUCGAGCCGGGACAGAAACAAGGGCAAGGCCCCCUACGGUCCAUGGUGGAGGAGAUCCAGUCAGAAGAGUCAGACGAUGACGACAGCAGCUCAGAGGAGGAGACCCCCAUCAAGACCAACCCCCCCAACCGCGACUCUCGACUCAGCCUGGACAGUGAGAGUGACAGCAGUGACGGCUCGCACCGCCCAAGUCGAGACCCUGCGCCGCCCCCACAGAAACACAGCUCCUCCAAUAACAAAGUGUCGGGCAGAAAGAGUCCAGAUUCCUCGUUUCGCUCAGAGAAGGUGUUGAAGAAGGGAUACGACAAGGCCUACACAGAAGAACUGGUGGACCUCCAUCGCAGACUGAUGGCUUUAAGAGAGCGUAAUGUCCUACAGCAGAUUGUCAACCUGAUUGAGGAGACGGGCCACUUCAACGUGACCAACACCACCUUUGACUUUGACCUCUUUUCACUGGACGAGUCCACUGUCCGCAAACUACAGAGCUACCUUGAGGCGACGGCCACGUGACAGGAAGUGGAAAUCACCGUGUGGAUGGCUGCGGCGGCGGAGGGGCCUGCAUCAUGAAGCAAGAUUACCAGGUUAGAUCAGGCUGACCAGUCUCAUAAUGCUGGAUCCCUUUAACCAUGUUACAUCACGAAAUCCAGAGAGAAGCAUCAAUCCGAGGUGACGACUUCAAGUUUGUAUCGUGUGACCAACCGCCUAAAAAGCAAAGAUAUUCGGUUUACAGAGAAGCUGAAUUUUUAUUGCUUGAAAAAUUGCAAACGAUUGUUAGGUUAUUAUUAUUGUUAUGAUUAAUAUAAAACAGUGAAGCAUAACUAUAUUAUAAUUCCCACUUUUGCAUAUUGACUAUUAACUUCAUCAUUUGAUUAUUAUUGUUAUUAUUUUCUACUAUUUAUAUUAAUAUAAUAUAAUUGCCUACUUAUCUUCUGUAUCUUUUUAAAUCUGAAUAUCACCUUUUACACUCAAACAACCUGAUUUCCCCACAGGGAUCAAAAGUUUGAUCUUGCAGUAAUUACACUGCUCUUUGGCUGUUGAUGUGGCAUUUGAUUGGCUUCUUAUUUCACUUCAUUAAUGUAAACAAACUUGUGCGUACUUUGGUAAGCUUAGCUUAGUGAGACUGGUUUCCAGGAUUGCCAGUGUUAGGUUUUGUGAAGCCAGAAAGCUCAAAGAAAGCCAGAGUGAGGUGAGCUUGCUUUGUGAUUCAGGCCCCUGGUGUGUUAGUUCCUGUGGCCCCUUAGGCUUCACACAUAAACACACAGAAACACACACACACACACACACACACACACGCACACACACACCAACCCACUGUGGUACAAAGCUUCAAUGAAAGAUUCCCUCCCUGCCUCCCUCCCCUCCUCUUCAGUUUUCUUCCUGCCAACAGUGUUUUUAUUCUGACGCUUCGAUAGCUUUAAUACUUCGCUCCGUUCUUCUGUUGCCUGCCUGGCUCAGUGACAUGUACACACUCCCUCUGCCCUUACUGUA